UGAUUUUUAAAGUGCGGUUUAAACUGUAGGAACUGUGUGUUCCUGUAGUGAGACGGUCUCUUUAAGGCUGGACUGGAUCAUCCCUGAGGAGGCACGACAGCAGAGCACAGCGGCAGAGGCGGUUUACUCCUGCCGUUCACUCCCGCUACAGACCUGGCAACUUAACGGCGGAAGUCGCUUGACCUCCCGAAUUAUAGCUCCGUCGUUAACGAGCUUUUAUUGGAGCAUUUCUGAAGAGCUCCGUGAAGGAAUCCGUGACUGGAGUGAGGAGCGGCGGAGGGAGAAGGAAGAAGGCGGGGGGACGGAGGAGAGUAAGCCCCGGCUCUGCUGGACAUUCAUGCGGCCACACUGUCGCUGGCUGCCGCAAAAACCUGCUUCUGCUGCGGACACAUUUUGACCCGACUACCCUCUACAGCCGGAUGUCUGCCUGUCUUAUGGAGUGCACCACGGAAUGGAUGAAGGAGGACUGACACUUGGGGAGCCGUGAAGAAAUCUCGUCCUGUUGGAAAAGUAGCAUCCGGAGAAAAAGCCGAGCACUGCGCGUUUUAAAGCCGAGCAGCCGAGGAGAGUGACAGCACCAGCAAGAUGUCUGUCCCUGUGUUCUGUAGAAUGUUUGACUGCCUGCAGGGGGCGCCACAGGUGGAGAACGUGCUGGCCAAGGCGCUGUACGACAAUGUGGCGGAGUCUCCGGACGAGCUGUCCUUCCGUAAGGGGGACAUCAUGACGGUGUUGGAGCGGGACACGCAGGGUUUGGAUGGCUGGUGGCUCUGCUCGCUCCAUGGUCGCCAAGGCAUCGUCCCCGGCAACCGCCUCAAGAUCCUGGUCGGCAUGUACGACAGCAAGCAGCAGCAGGCCACGCCUUCUACGCCAGAGCCAGCCACUUCCUGUCCCUCCUCCCAGCGACCCCUCCCCUCUCUGAGCGCCUACGCCCAACCAUCCCCCUCUCCGUCGUCGGCCGGCAGCACUACUUCCUCCUCUGGGUAUCCCAACAAGCCCCUCCAUUCGGCACAGUACACGCCCAUGCAUCCGGCCUACUCCUCCCCCAGCCCCGCACAGCCCAACCCUGACUCCAUCUACAUGAUGCCCCCCUCCCACGGCCCCAAACCUAGUCCACAGAGUCUGUACCAGAUCCCCUCUGGCCCAAGCGGACUCCCUCCAGGACCCCCCAGCAAGGCCCCAGCUCGGGCCCAGAGACAGUACCAGGACAUCUACCAGGUGCCCCCCUCUGUAGGCCCAGGGCCCGGCCAGGGAGCGACCCCAGCCGGGGGGACAGGAGCGGGGCAGGAUGUGUACCAGGUGCCCCCCUCCCUGGAUAAGAGGAGCUGGGAGAACAGCAACAAGCCACUGGGCAAGGUGGUAGUUCCUACCCGGGUCGGACAGGUGUACGUGUAUGACACGGCCAAACCAGACCAGGACGAGUACGACGUCCCGCCCAGACAUCAGCCCCCCACCCAGCACGACAUUUACGAUGUGCCGCCCACCCGCCAGCAGUACAACACACAGGUGUAUGACACUCCUCCCAUGGUGGUGAAGGGACCCCCUAGUGGUCGAGAUAUAUAUGACAUGCCAGCAAGCACAGACAAGAACACACAGCAGACGGUCUACGACUUCCCGCCGUCUGUCAGUAAAGACGUCCCAGAUGCUCAGCCAAUCAGAGAGGAGACCUACGACGUACCGCCCCACUUUGCCAAACUCAAGCCGGCCCCCGCCCCGCACAACAACCUCAACGACGACGACGACGAGCCGCCCAUCCCCGAGGACGUGUAUGAUGUGCCGCCCCCCAUCCUGACUGACAAGCAUUACCGCGGCAACAGGGGCGGAGUCAGCCAGGCCCCCCAGGAGAUUUACGACAUCCCAGCCAGCCUGCGGACCGGAGGGCACCCCCCCGCCCACGACGUCUACGACUUCCCCCGGGAGCGAGAGGAGAAAGGAGGAGACAGGGGGGAUCACUACAUCUACGAUGUCCCACCCCAGGUUGUGCGGGACGCCCAGUCCACCAGUGAGGACCUCACCUUGUCCUUCAAGCGGCUGUCUGCCUCGAGCACAGGAAGCACCCGGAGCAACCACUCGGCUUCCUCCUUAGACAUGGUCCCUGUCCGCGACACCUCCUCCUCCUCCUCCACCCUUCCUGCCCCGGGGAAGCCCCUGGUCUUGGACUUGGAGCAGGCCAUGGAGCGUCUGUCUCGCCUCCAGCAAGCCGUUGAGUCCAGCGUGUCCCUCAUGAUGUCCUUCAUCACAGGUAACUGGAGAAGCCCUGCUCACCUGGAAGGGAACCUCCCGGCCAUUCAUCAAGCGGCUGACCGGGUGCGCUCCACUGUCCGGGACUUCCUGGAAUUUGCACGGGGCGCUGUGGCCAACUCAGCCCAGGCCACAGACCGCUCUCUGCAGGCCAAGCUAGGCCGCCAGGUGGGCAAGAUGGAGGAGGUCUUCCAGAGUUUGAUUCUAAACAGUCAGGGUUUAGACGCCGUUUCCUGGUCGCACGCCGCGCUCACGGCGCCGCCGGCGGGAGGGGACGACUUAGACCGGCUGAUCAUGACGGCACGCGGCAUCCCCGACGACGCCAAGCAGCUCGCCUCCUUCCUCCACGGCAACGCCUCGCUGCUCUUCAAACGGACCCGGCAGCAGCAGCAGCAGCAGCUGCCCCUUCCUCCAAUCCCAGGGGAUGUCAGCGGUCACAUGACAGGAUCAGGAAGUGGGAGCUAUCAGGGAGGGGAGAGGGUUCACAUUCAGUCACGGCCCCUCCCCUCUCCGCCAAAGUUUACAGCUGCAGAGGAAGAGGAAGGCGUAGACAGGCCGUAUGGGAGCACAGAGGAAGGCUGGAUGGAGGACUAUGACUACGUACAUCUGCAGGGAAAAGAAGAGUUUGAGAAGAACCAAAAACAGCUGCUGGAGAAGGGCAACAUCAACAGACACAAGACACAACUGGAACAUCAACAGAUUAAACAGUUUGAGCGGCUGGAGCAGGAAGUCAGCCGGCCAAUCAACAACGACAUGACGGGCUGGGUCCCCGUGGCCAACCAGCAGGCCCCCAAUGGCUCCGGAGGCCCCGCCUCCUCCAAGCUGUGCCAUGGUGACCGCCAGCUGCUCCUCUUCUACCAGGAGCAGUGCGAGCAGAACGUCACCACGGUGACCAACGCCAUCGACGCCUUCUUCACCGCCGUCAGCUCCAACCAGCCGCCCAAGAUCUUCGUGGCGCACAGCAAGUUCGUCAUCCUCAGCGCACACAAGCUGGUGUUCAUCGGCGACACGCUGUCACGCCAGGCCAAGUCGCCGGAGGUACGGGGCCGCGUGGCACAGAGCAGCAACGCGCUCUGCGAGAAACUCAAAGACAUCGUGAUCAGCACCAAGACGGCUGCGCUGCAGUACCCCUCCCCCGGCGCGGCGCGGGAGAUGACUGAGAGGGUUAGGGAGCUGGCAGGCUGCACGCAGCACUUCAGGAUGGUGCUGGGACAGCUGCUGGUGAUGUAGGGAGGGUGGGGGGGUGGGGGUGGGGGGGAACCAAACAGUGACACAAACUGAGAUGUCCCAGGAAUACCAUGGAUGUAUAAAAAAAAAACAAAAAACUGGAUACAGCGUUCGAGGCGGGGCCCCG